AUGGAUGCAAAGCCACCUAAAAUGCUUGUUUUCGAUGAAGACGGAGACACACUGAUCGUUCUUCCAUACAUCAAUGAGGCAGCUGACGGCCAGGAAUCCAUUCCCAAUGAAGACGAGAACUCAGAGAAACAAUCAGCAGAUGGCCAAGAAAUGAUACCCAAUGGGGACAACAAUUCGGAGGAACAGCCAGCAGACGACACACUCGAGACGGUGCGCAUGAAAGUGUCCAAAAAACAUCUGGUGCUUGCCUCGCGCCGUGCGCAAAAAAUCUUCCUCGGCCCUUGGAAGGAAACGGAGUCAGAAGGCACGGAUGGUUUACAUCAUUGGUUGUUUGAGCCAUUUUUUACUCCCGAAGCCUUUGAAAUCGUACUGAACAUCAUACACGGGCAUACAAAAAAGGUCCCUAUUGCAAUUGGACUGGCAACCCUUGCAGAUGUUGCUGCAGUGGUGGAUGACCUACAAUGCGAAGACGCUGUUUGGUUCAUUGUCAAAUCAUGGAUCCGUCUACUAGCAAAGCACCUUCCUGAUUGUAUCUGCGAGGAUUUGGUUAGAUGGAUACUAAUAUCCUCAGUAUUCGAUGAGCCAUCUAUAUUUGCAGAAUGCACCCAGGUGGCCAUUCAGUCCGCUUGUCAGCGGCUCGACACAAUUGGUCUCCCCAUCCGACCCUCCAUCAUUGAUGGCAUAGAAGCCGAGCGAAUAAAACUCCUGGAUGCAUUGAUGGUGUACUUGGAAGGUCUACGAGAUAGUUUGAUUCGCGGUACACUCGGAUGCAAUUUCGAAUGCCAAUCGUCCCAUCUCGGUGCGCUCCUCCAAGGAAUGCAUACCAUUGGCAUUCUCCCUAUCUUGGAUGUCGGUUCUCCAAAAGUUGAACCCUCUGAAGCACCACACCGAGGACUGAGUCUUUUAUCAGUGAGAGAUUACUUCCACGGAAUGCCCUUUCCAAACGUUUAUAUUAAGAGCAACAAUGCUCGCAACUCGAUCCCCUCACUCCACAAGUGCGAUUUGAAAUGGUCUCUUAGAGAGCACGUGAGUGGGAUGGAAGACGACAUCUCCGGCUUGAAUUUAGAUGAGUUUGUACGCAAAUGA